UAAAUUGUAAAAAACAGAGCAUCUGUUGACAAUACCAAAGCACAAAUUAGAAUUCUGCCAAUGUUACAGGACUAGAAGGAAAGAGGUUUGAACUGUAUCCUGCACACAAGGUGUUAUGCUUAUGAACAUUCAUAAAUACGCUAUAUAUAAGGUGUGUGCUUUCUACUUUAGUUAGACCAGGGGGGUUCAAACUUGGUGCCAAGAGCAUCCAAAUAUGAUGAUCCCCUUGUGAGGGACCCCAUUCCUAAAAUUUAAAAGCAGCUUUGCAUGUAUACAUUUGACACUGUGGCCUGGCAGACUAAGUCAGGUUUAGGCCAUUGUUCAAGGAUUUUUUAUGAACAUGCCUUAAAAAAUCAAACCAAGAAAAAACAAGGGUACUGACAUAUUUUAGGAUCAGUCAGUGCAAGUUUCUUUCAGUUGAAAUAGCUCAGAAUUACAUUUCAGUCUGGGACUAGGCUUAUGAAACCAGGGGUGUGUAUUAAGUAUUAGGUGUGACAUUAAGAAAAAUAACCUGACAACAUUUUUCGUUCAAGCACUUCAAAUUUGGGUAUAUAUAAAGUUAUCAAAUUAUUAUUUUUAUCAUCAUUAUUAUUAAAUCAAAAUGAUUUUGUUAUAUAACAUUAUCAAACUCGUAAGUUAUCUGACCUAACGAAAUAAAUAGCUUCAAAUUUCAAUAAAAAUGAACAGAAAUGGAGUGUUGCUUAGUUAUAAAAGUAGUAAACAGCUUAUUCUUAGGUGAUAAUGAUUUAAGUAAGAUAAUGAACAAUACUUACAAAAGCAAAAACUACGGCAGGAAAUGUUUUAUAUAUAUAUAUAUACAUACAUAUAUAUAUACACACAUAUAUAUAUAUAAAGUUGCAAACUAAUAGGCCUAAAUUACUCAAAAUAUUAGUGUUAAUAGUACUGAGAUGAUGAGAUCCUUUCCAAUCAGAGUUAAGAGCGUAACAGUAGCCACGCCUCUGUAAUGUGACGAGCCAAUGAUAUUAUCGCACACUUGUCACUCAGAGAGGCCAGAAGAGACGCUGUCAAAUGACCGGCGUGUUUAUAUUUAAUUUGUUUUACAUGAUCGCGACUUAUGCAAUGGACGUUUAUAUAGCUUGAGUAUGUGGCAAUGUCUGUAUGACCUUUCUAGUCGGAAACCGCGAAUCAUAACAGUGUUCUUCACGUUGUUAUCAUAGCAGCCAUCGCACGUCUAUGUCUGCGGAAGUAGUUUUGUGUUGUUCUACCAUGUCACAGUUCUAAGAAUGACUCUAAUUUUUAUACUAGAAUGGACCGUGAAUUGACAGGUAUGAGGAACUCUUAUAUCGUUCUUGUAAGUUAUACCGUGCUGUCGUAAGAAUAACCGCAGUAUACUGUGCCGGGGUCAGUGACCGAGCACAUGCCGGUCAGUAUGUUUGGAUUCGGGCGCCUGUCCGCCGAGUGGAAAGUAGGAAUCGCAUCGGGAGUAGUUUUUUUCUCUAUGCUUAUAUCCAGAACAUUAAUCUCAGAGCGGGUUGACAAAAACACUCGUGGUUCGUUGUUUCGCAUUCAGUUUCUCCUUUUCAUCAACUCCCUUCUGCUCCUCGGCUCUCUUUACAUUUGGAAACGCGUGGUGCGGCGGCUGUGCGGAGCCAGGGCUGCACCUUCUGUCCCGCAGAGAUGCUGGCGUCUUCUCGUCCUGCUGUUUCUUACUCUGGUGCACGGGAGCUACCUGUGCAUGUUUUUCCUCGUGGACACUGAGCCACACUGGUUUUCAUUGCUGAGUUUCUCCUGUUUGGGCAUUUAUGUCAUCCUGCUGUUCUUCCUGUUUGUUUUUGGCUGCCUUACCCGCCUCCGCAGGCUUCUCUCCCGCAGCCGAGGAGGAGGAGGAGGAGAGGAUGCGGUCGCGAGCGGAUCAGUCAGUCAUAUAGUGUUGGCAAUGAUAGUAACAGCAAUACUGGCAGUAUAUGGGUUGGUAAAUGCAGCUCAGCCUCCACGAGUAAUUGAGGUGGAGAUCCCAGUAGAGAAGCUCCCUGAGUCUUUGAACGGGCUCAGGUUGGUGCUUCUGUCCGACAUACACCUGGGACCUACAGUAGGCCGCUCCAAACUGCAGCGCAUUGUGACUAUGGUGAAUGAGCUGAACCCAGAUGUGGUGGUGAUUGUCGGUGACCUGACUGACUCUCAGGUGACUCGAUUGAGGAGUGCUGCAGAACCACUGGGACAGAUGAAGGCUAGACUAGGCUCCUAUUUUGCUACAGGCAAUCAUGACUACUACACUGCCGAUGUUGAAGGUUGGUUUGAGCUCUUGCGCUCGAUGGGGAUUCAGGCUCUUCACAACAGCCAUGCAAAAGUGUUUCGCCCUGAACAAACUCAAGACUGGAUUUGCCUUGCUGGCAUUGAUGACCUUGAGGCCCGCAUGCUACGAUACCCAGGCCAUGGCAUGGAUGUUGAGAAAGCUCUUAGUGGCUGCAGUGCAGAGAGCCCUAUUAUUCUUCUUGCACAUCAGCCUCAUGCUGCCAAACAGGCCCUCCAGCAACGACCAGACAUCAGUCUGGUACUCUCAGGUCACACGCAUGCUGGUCAGCUGUUCCCCCUCACCAUCCUGGCAUUCCUGAUGAAUCCUUUUUUCUGUGGACUCUACCGUGUCUCUGAACACACUAUGGUCUACGUGACCCCUGGAACCGUUUAUUAUGGCAUUCCAAUGAGAAUUGCAAGCCGUUCAGAAAUUACAAACAUUAUAUUGAAACAUCCUUGAGAGCCUCACACAGUCCAGUGCAGGGAUUAAAUACACAAUCUCAUCCAUACAUUACCCUGCAUGCUGUGACACAAACAGUUCACAUGUAUUACAUAGUAAUGUAUGCAUAAUUAUGCGAUAUAUCAGUCAAAUAGAUUCUACAGUUUGCACUAUGAUUUGCUUGAGCAAUCUUACAACAGGUCUGUUUCACUAUACAGAGAGUGAGACACAUUUAGCCACGUUUUAGUUGUCAUUUAUAAUUUUAAUGUGGUUUCGCAAUUUGGAAAAAAAAAAGAAAGAAAAAAAACGUACUAAAAAUACAAACACUUUAAUAUUUGAAUAUUCACAUUCCAAAAGUGCCAGUUUUUAAAUUACUUUGUAUUUGAACUGUUUUACUCAGGCCCCUUUCAUGUUUUAAUCAGUUCAUUACACAAUCAAAAUUAUUUGAGUGCACUGUUUGGACUGUCACAACUGGGAGUCAGUCAGGGAUUUCAUUAACCAUCUUUUGUGACAAAUGUUUUGAUUAAAGGUUACUACUACACCAAA